AUGUCGUCCACGCUGGUCAAAGAACCGUCCGCCCAAGGGGGCGACACGAAAACCAAACUCACAUUGACUCCGGUCCCCAUCAUCGACAGCCCCGUAUCGAAAAGCCUCGCACUGGCACGGCCAGUUCUUUUGCUGAGCGUCCUCUGGCUACGUUUCGGCUCCCUCGUCGCAGAACCCGUAUCUACUCUACAGCUCGCGCUCCCAGUCGUCGCGCUCAUUCAGACUGCAUACGCAAUUACAUGCUUACCGGUCGCUGGCUCGCAAACCGCCAAGGUGUCGAAGAAGCCUCGUCCGGGCGAGAAAAAGAAGGUUGAUGCGAACGGGCCCAACGCCAUCUCGACUGCUAUUCUCGCCUUACUCCUAACCGCAAUCGCCACGCCGGCCGUGUACAUUCUCUUUGUUCUAUUUGGCGCUCCGUUUCUUGACCACGUCGCCCACACGCUUCUGUGCUCAGCGCACUUUUCGCUGCUCGCCCUCUUCCCUAUCUUCUACUCGAGGGGUAUCAAUGGCGACUCUUGUUGCUGUAGCUGGUGCUUCUGCUCCUCUGGACGAAACGUUUGGUGGGCUGGUUGGCGCCGUGGUGGGGGCUUGGUUAGGAGCGGUUCCUAUUCCGUUGGAUUGGGAUAG